GUCCAAGAGAGACCUUGGGCACCAGCCUGUGAGUCUUGGGUUCGCACACUUGGGCUAUCACAUCUACACACUACCUGCUUACUCAGGGGUUGCAAAGGACUUACUACCCAUCUAUAAAUUCCAAAUUUCUGCUCUACUUAUUGGAUUUCUCAUUAAUCCUAAAUGUCAUCUGGACUGCCCAGUGUCCAGCUUAAUCUGGAGAUGCUCAGCAGAAUUUAUUUAAUAUGUCACACAUUCAUAACAGGUCAGGCUUUAGGAGCAUUUGGGUUGUCUAACUCAAUCGUGGGUAUUUAUUUUUGGCCACAGGAUUAGCUUACUCACAAAGUUUUUAUACUGUCUGGUGGAGGCUUCUGUGUUGCUCUUUGGCUUGUAAACCUGACUUUGACAUGAUGACUAGAUGACAGAAAGAGUUUCUGUUUGCUUGGAAGAUGCUACCAGAUGAUGGUAAUGGGACCAUAAACUCAUUGCUGGGAUAACAUCAGGCUGCAGGCUACAAAUUAGCUGUCAAAGUAAGGAAAUGCUCAUACUCGACCAAAACCAAACUUCACUCAUAGUCUUCUUGGGAAAAGAGGCAAACAGAAGGCAACUAAUCCCUGCAAAGAAACAUGCAGUGGGACAGUCCCAGGAAGAGCAGAUGAGGGUGUCAGCAGUUUGCUUUGGUGCACUGAAAUCUAGGGCACAUCAGCUUUUCCCAGCCACGAAUGCUGAGCCUUAGCAAACCCUGAAAUUAAUUUUUAAGAGUGCGUUUGGUGUCCAGCCAAGGAACUUUUCCCUGCUAAAACUUUUCCACUAUAACUGGCAGAACUGUAACUGCGCAUGAAAGAUUGCACAACGCUGUCUCCCAGGGCGCCAAACAACAGGGAAAAGGCGAAGAGCAUCCCAGAUAGAUUACAACCAGCACUUAGAUGAAACAGUUUCAUAACUAUAUAUAUAUAUAUAUAUAUAUAUAUAUACCUGCCAUGAACCUCUCUGCGCUUGGGGUGUGAGGACUGUGAUUUGCUUCUUGAUCUUUCAAGAAUCACCAGACAAAUAUCACAAAGUCCAGCUACGAGAGAUAUCAGCAGAAAAAGACGAGCCUUUGGUUUGUUUUAAAAAUUGCUCUUAUAUUGUAUUUCUUCUGUGGGUAAGAGAAUCUUUCCUACGUUUCUCACUGUAGCCUUUUCUUGACAAAUCAUUGCAGACUAACGAAGCUUCUGUAUGUUUGUGCUGGGAAAUUUGUUGUCUGGUUUGUGGUGCAGAGAAAUUUAGAGGAGAUAAAGCUCUGGUCCCAGGUAAUUUGGAAGGAUCAUGACUCUUACUCCCUUGGCACAAUAUCAAAAUCAAAAUAAAUAUUUCUAUUAUGUUUUAGACAGUAAUUUAAUGAUUUAAUUUUGAUAGUGUUUUCCCAUACUCACAAAAUUCAGGUAGAUAGCCCAAAUCUUGGUAUCUCCUCCCUAUUCUCCCCAUCUGGUUUUUAUCUGUUCACAGAAAGACAAUAGUAGUCUUUUGGGAGAGGAAGAGAGAGAAACUAACACCAACAGGAUAAUUACAGUGGGGGCAUGGGGGUCAGAAGAACAUCUUAAAGUAAUAAGGAAAAUGGAGAGAUGCAUUAGUUGAGUCAAUGAAGUCUUUGUGGGAGAGGAUGAAUUCUCUUUUCUGUUGUUGAAUGACACUUUCCCCCAAAGUUUAAACCAGUGUUGCUUUCUACUGUAACUCACUUUCUGUGACAGGUUUGUAUUGUCUUUCAGAUUAUGUAGUUUUCACUGCUGAAUUUAUAGAAAAUAGAAUGGGUUUUUUAAUGCUUAGACUUUUUUCAAGUAAAGGGAAAUAAGACAAUGGAGUUUUAUACAAAAGCUUGCAGAAAUAUACAGCUGAAGGGCAUUUGAUUUAAAGUUCAGACAUGUAGUGGUCUCCAUAAGUUACCUAUCAUAAAUUUUAAACUCAUUCAUUGGUUUCGAUUAUAUACUUUUUAUGAUGCACUGCACGCCUCAUUUCCAGUUAGGUUGUGUAAGUGUUAUAAAUCUGAAACUGGGUCUUUCUUUUACAUAUAUAUGUUGUGUUGACCAUGUUUUGACAUGAUUAAAGGACAAGGUGAAGCCUAUCUGACCUACAAAGUGUCCUUUCCAAAACAAUCUUACCUACAGAAAUAGAGUGGGGAGAGAACAAUGUUGCUCUUUACCGGUUAACAGAUGUGAAAAUACCUACAGGGUAGCCAACAAUAACCUAGCAGGAAUCAUGAGCUGUUGGAAAGAAAAAUACCUUUAUACUGGGCUUUGAAUAAAUGCUGUGGCUUGGAGACAAGCAGAGAUAUUGCCCAAAAGUUCUGGUUGAUGCUUUGCCUUUGAUGGGUCCCAUAGGAUGGUGCCAUCACCAUCCUUGCAUCACCCAAAAGUCUUACACAUGUCCAAGCCAAAAACAGCAAGCAAAACACCAUGUUUAUUUACACGUAUUUCUGAAUAAGCACAACCUUAUUUAUAUUUAUUUCCAGAAACCUCAUGAGCUUGCAAGGUCUGACUAAGGCUGCUAGGACAGGGUCACCUCUUGGCAUAUUCAUAAGCACGGGACGUGCAGAAGGAAUCUGCUCAGGAUAUCACUUCACAGCUUGAUGUAACCACAAGGCCACUGUACAUUUCACAUGCACUGUUGCACCUGACUCACACAGGAUGUGGUUUUUUUUUGCCAGCUUGCCCUUGACUGUGGAAAUUUGGGCUAUUAAUCCCUCAAGGGGAAUAAGUAUCUCUGUGGGGUGCUGCAAGGAUGGUGGAUGUACCCACAGCACAAGGAAAUGAGUGACUGAACCAGAGGGAGGAAGGGAUGAUGCCCUGAUCAUCUGAGAAGUGUUACGGCCUGGCAGCAGAAUAAUUCGUCUCCUGUCCUUCAUGCAAGAGGAGAGACAGGCAUAUUGCUGGGAUAAUUAAUCCCCUGAUGGGUCCAUCAGUCCUUAAGAAGAUGGUGGCCGGGAGGGAGACUGCCUAUACUUCAGCAAAAUUUUACCUGACGUGGUCAGUGAAGCAGAAAAUGUGCAUGGGAAAGUACCUGGCUUACCCCAGGGGCUGUUCUUGUUUUCCAAGCUGAGAAUGUGCUUGGAGGCAGAAGCAGUGGAAGUGUGUUAUAACUGAGUUGGCAGAUGUAUCAAGCACCCAACACAUCUGAACGCAUCCCUGGUCCAUGGCAGCGAUACUCCCUGCUCCAGCCUUGCUGCAGAGCCCAGCAGGCAGGGGUAGGAACAGCCAGUUUUCAGGGAGCUGAUUCAGGGGUAGAGAUUUACGCAGUGUUUGACAAGAAGAAAGUCCAUUUCGGCAGCUCCUGUUGGCAGCUGGUGUGCUGCAGGUAGGCAGCGCCUGUUCCUCUGCUUGUUUCCCAGUCCCACACUCUUUGGUUUGGCUCUGGGGACCAGGUGCCCAGGAAAGCAGAUAACAGCCCCUGUUCAAGGACAGAAUAUCUUGUUAAAAUAUUUUUUCUAUUAAAAUGGCAGUGACUUCUCUAAGGCUGUUGCCUGCCUGUUCAUGAAGCAGAACUAAGAACAAAUUCCUUGUGUGCAGCACAUUUCUUUUUAUGACCUGAAAAGCAGCACACAGAUCAUCUUAAGGACUUUCUUUAGACAGAACUGAUUUGUCUUGCAACCACCAUCCAACCCCAGAAACAGUCUGUCUUCCGUUAUUUAUUUCUUUAAACCUGGCCUUUGUGAAAUGCUCUUUAUUACAGCCAAAAUGCUGUCUGCCCGUCCUCUCACUACCUUGCAUCAAUUCCAUCUGACUCACUGCAAUUAGGACCAGUUAUUGUCUCCUACCAUCCUCAUGUUGCUUUAGGGCUGUCAGCAAAAAAGAGAAACGUGGCCAGAUUCCCCCAAAGCUGGGUUUUAGACCUUCACAUCUCCAUGCUGUAAGGAACUCAGCACUUAGUUUUUCUCUUUCUGCUUUUUGUUCUCCUGUGACGUGUUGCAUCUUUGUGUGUCAGAGUUUGGGCUAUUGUACCAAAGGAUUAUUUGCUUUUGGAGUGCCUGGAAGGGAUGCUGUGGGGACCCUUCAGCCACUCACCUAUCAAAAAACAAAAAAAGAGAGAAUUUAAGAUGAUUUCUGAAUUCCUAAGAAAACAAAUCUUUAGGAAAACCAUGCUGUGGCUCACAUUGAUUAUUGACCUCACUGCCGACUCCUCCUGGUGUUGUCUCUCUGCAGUUCCUCGCUGUUGUCCCCAUCAAUGGCUUUGUCAGACCCCAGCACCUCUGCUCUCCUUUGAUCUCUUGCACCUCUUCGUUAGCCUGAGCAUGGGAUUUGUCAAAACCUUUCCCUCUAAAGGCUGUCAAAACCAGUGAAAGUGCUUUUGACACGACUUGAAAACAAAAGGUUCUUUGUUUUCAUUUCUGUGUUUUUCAACAAAGGUACAACCUUUUUCACAGCGGGAAGAAACGUUUUCAGUUCAUUUUCUUAACAGCUGUAGUAUCUUGUAUGUUCUCUCUUCCUUCAAAUCCUCUCUUAAUACCAUCUCUGGAAAUCUUCUCAUGUUCUCCCCAGGAAGUGUUACAUAUCUUAUCUGUCAUGUUCAUUUUAUUGUAUUUUUUGCUCAAUCUAGCUUAAGCUGUAAAUACUUCAGGGUGAAGAAAUGAGCUACAUUUUGGUAGUUUUUCUUUGAUAUCAUUACCUUAAUGUGGGUCAGAUCACCAAGAAUGAAAGCAGCAGGCGAUACUUUUCUGCUCAAUGCAAGAUCACAUUUAGAAAAGCUGUGGUUUCUAAUAUUUUGCAUUUUAAAGAAGAGGUGGUUUAUGGACAGAAGAAUCUGGCGUUCCUCAGCCCUCUGCUAUGCAACUGCCCAUCAAUGUUAGAUGUUUUCCUGGUGUUAUUCCUUUGUGAUAAAUAAUGGUCAUCUCCCCAAUCAGCUAGAACCAACUAAAUGCACAAAUGUAUUGAGACUCCUGUGGUUUGUCCCUCAUCCAAGGAGUCUCUUCAGAGCACCUGAGUGAGCUGAAAAUGCAAGUGCAGUGUUGAAUUGGCAGUAUCUGGGCAAGGAUGAGAUCUUCAUAACAGAUCUAUGUCUUUUCCUGGUGAUUUCACUGAAUCUGUCACAGCUUGCGAGCCAAAAGCAGGGGCUCUACAUUGGAGCUGUUAUGUAUGUAGCCUCUGAGGUGUGCAAAGAAAAUGGUAAAAAUAUGUAUGCAGAAUGUGUGCAAGUAGAAGCAAAUCAAGGAUUAUGGAAACAGGCAGGUAUUUAUAAAAUAAUGGUAUUUGCAGUGUCUAUUUCCCUGCAGAGAUGGAGUUUUUAUUAUAGUUUUUUCAUGGUAACAGUUACUCUGGGUGUGUUUAUCAAGGUCCAAGGGUUCACGUGAUCUGAAACAUUUAGAAUUUGUGAAACAUUUUUCAUCUUUUCUGUUAACUAUACUUACAGAAAAAUCAUUACUCAAGUCCAGCAGUAAGGGAAGCAAAGGUGGUGUUGAUGUCUAGUCCAGCUAAGACAAAUUUGAAUUUGUAUCUUUCAUUGGUGUUCCAAGGAAAAGUGGUAGAAAUGACAGAUGUGAAGAUGAUCUUGCCUACUAUUAUGUGAUGAAAGUCCUAUUUCUUUCUUAAAAUGUCACUAAUAUUUCGAGACUGCCUUUCCACGGGACGCCAGCAAUAUUUGAUUAUUUCCAACUGGAGGAAUAUAUAAAAUAACAGAGAAUUGUUACACUUGAUAGUUCCUCAUGGCUGGUGGUCUGGCAGCUGCUCAGAUGAUACAUAUGAACACUUAGAGGAAAGCAUCUUGGAGAGUUUUAAAAGCCUUUCUUAGAAAUGGAUAUAUGUGUGAUUCAGUUCACUUCUUUUCCUCAGCCAUGACAAAUAAAUGUUACCAGUGUCAGGAAGAAUAGUCCCGGUGAAGGGCAAUGGCAGCUUGUUCAAAGAGGGAUUGAAACCUGGAAGCAAAACACUAUCAGCCCUGCCCUUGGAAGAGGAGGAAUGUUCUCAGAGAGGGAUGUGACAUAAAAAGAAAACCCAGAGUGUUUCCUGCCCUCAUGCCAAGUUUUUUUUUCUCUUUUCCUCUUAUGGAGGAAAAUCAACCCCUUUCCUUGGACAGAGCUGUGAUACCCCAUAAAGAAGCAAUAGCCCCCUCGGUCAUACAGAAUGAGAUUCUGUAGUCUUUGCUUUGUACAUGGGAGUCUUGCCCAGCAUCGGGCUAAUUAAUGACCUAUAUAAUUAAUCUCAUGUUUGAAUUUUUUUUAAAAAAGCCAAUGCAGACUCUGAGUAGUGAUUGCCUGAGUCACUGCAGAAGGAAAGAGGUACAUUGUGGUGUCUGCUGCAAGAUGUAUUUCUCUGGAAACUGUGACUAAUCCAGCUUUUUCAGAGGAGGAUUUGAUGUACAUCCAGGCUGCAUGCAUGAAUCAGUGCUGAGAAUCAACAAGCUGCAACUCUUUACUUUUUUACUCCUAGAACUCUCUAUUUUAGCUUCUGGACUGGAAGGACCUGAUUUUCUACCUCUAGUCCUUUGCAUAACUGCAACUGCUGAGAAAGGACCAGAAGGGAUGACACCAUCGGUCUUCUGCUGCCAGCACGGGGUUCUCCUUUACAUAUCACUUCCUGAAGACCUGGCAGGUGGCACCUGAACUCAGUUUUCAGUCCGAUGCAGCAUUUGCUCAUCUGAUGCGGCUGUUCUGUAAAACAUUGUAAGCUCCAAAUCAAAAGUGAGUAUUGACGGUGUUACGCACUGUACACAUUGACUUUCAGACGUAAUGCUAAUCACUCCCCAAUACUUUGCAUACAGAAAUGAUGUUACAGUUAAAAGAAAUCACCCUUUAUCUCAGUAAUCCAAACAGUGGAUUUAAAAGGAACCAUAAGGCUGCAGCGACAAGGACAAAGUGUAAAUCAUGCAGUAGCAAUCCCACCUUGUAAGCAACUACAGGGGCAGUUGUAUUUAAUAGACCUAACCUUGCUUCAACAGCCUACCUAGCUGGAAGAAUAUGAAUAUUAGGCAGAAAGAUAAAAUGUCAGGAGAAGAGUUGGGUCAGAUCUGAUAUCUGUCCUUUCAACACCAGAUUCCAUAGCGGACAAAUGGAGGAGACCAAAGUGAUGGGCUGCAGGAGGGUGGACACAAUUAGGAGUUGCUUUUGAAAGACACUUACUAACAAAGCCAGAGAUUUUCACAAUUAUUGAUGUCAAUUUACGUUUUUUUGUGUUUCCCUAAAUUCUAUUUUUCAGUGUGGUCCAAAAGUCUAUCAAGGACUGUGGCUUAAUUUUCCAGCGGUUUGUCAGUAUAAAAAAGACACAAUUUCCACACAGCCUGUUGUUCCCAGUGUAAAUAUGUUUUUAGGCAGAGUAAUAGAAUCCUACAGAUUUGCAGAGAAGCUGCAAAGCCUUCUGGCAGUGUCUAAGGCAACAUAAAUGCUCUGUUUCCAUUGCUUCUAUUUAUGGAAAACCAAAACCCAUUUAUCUCCCAGAUUCCCGUGAGAUUUUCUAUAGCUUAGUCAAGAACCAUGAACUACUGCUGGGUAGGAGUUAUUUCAGGGAAGCUGAAGAGAAUGGCAGAGGUUGUGCCUCAGCAAACAGCCAUAGUGUCUCUAGCCUGACUUCCAAAAAGAACCAUAGCGAUGCCCUCUGGUGUUCUCUAAGAAAUUCUUAUUUAUGUACUUGCAGAAAUGAGACUUUUGUUUGAAACUUCAUUGAUUAAAAGUGAUCUUAGAUUUCAUGUGCCUGAUCUCUGGCUCCUAAAGCAUGGCACCCAUAGACCUCCAAACCUGCUGCCUCCAGGAAGUGACAGGCAGUUGCUAAAGGGAAUUCCAGCCCAGGGAAAAAGAAUUAUGUGUGUCUCCCCUGUGGUGAGAGGGGACCCAAAUGGGGAUGUACAGGGACACAGGACAGUGAGAAGACACAGAAACCUUCACAGCCACAGUAGGUCCUCGGGUCUCCCUUAGUCCCAGCAGGGACAGGCACGGCUUUUUUUCCCAUAGACAUUCUGUCAUUGCAAAGUUUUUAUUGAGAAAUUCCAGACCAAAAAUUUUUUUUUUUUUUUUUUUAAAAAAGGAACAUUUGAGUUCUCCUGGCUGGACCAAGAGAAAUUCCUUGUGGUUUAAAUGGGUAGACUUCAGCUAUGUGCUGGCAGAAGGCCCAGUUUGAGAAGCAAUGGGGGAUGCAUCGAUUGCACCGAGACCUUUCGGAGCCUCCUGCAAGGGCUGCCUGGAUGUCCUCCCAAAUGCUCAUGCCACAGCUUAAUGGUGCACUGUAUAAUACCACCGUCAUGACUUUGGACCCUCAUGUUAUGCCAUACACACCAUACUGAGGGCUUUACAUCAGCUGGUUGAUGCUGCUGCUCUUGUGAGAUUUGCCCAUCACUAAUGACACGUUGGCAACCACCGAGUCGCUGUUUCAUUAAUGUUUACAAUGUAAUAAACACACUUCUCUUUAUUUCUGCCAUUAGCACCUAAUAUCGGUUUGCAGGAAGCCUUAUGUUUCUGAAGUACUUUGGCAAAAGUAGAGAGCAAAGUGCAGUUAUUUGUGGUUUUCUUUAAAAAACAGCCCUGAGAGACAGAUUAUUUAUUUAUGUAUCUUUUUGUAUUUCUAGAAGAUGACAUGAAAGAACAUGUAAAUCACUCUUGCAAUAUCAUCCCAGGAAGACUAAAGGAAGUAAAGAAGUCAGAAAAUAAGUGUAUCAAGUUCUUCCCAUAAUAUUACUUUUAAAAUAAUUAUUUGGAGAAAAAUAAGCUUCUAGAUAAAAUACUAUGGGUUUUGAUGAGAAUGUCACACUUGAAAAAUUAAGAAUAAUAUGCAAAUCCCUUCCUUGUAGAGUUCUAAAAAGCGGGGAAUGAAACAAAGUUCCUGAUCUACUUCUUAUGGAAGUUUUUCGCCCACUCAGUAUCCAGACAGAUGUUUUAAAUUACAUGAUAUGACUUAGAAAAUUUGGUAAUUUUUGCUGGGGGUUUACUGGUUCCUAGGUUUUCAGUCAAGAAGAGAUGUCUUGUCUCCCUGGAGUCCCUCUAAUUAGGCUGUAAGUUUAUAAGAAAGGAUUUUGGCUGCUGAGUUUUUCUGCUCCAUCAGAUGAUUUCACAUUAUAUCAGGGUAACAGUGGCUGCAUUGUGGAGGUCUCGGGUUUUUUUCCUGUUACUGUGCAGGCUGGUCCCUACUGCAAAUUUAACAUCUUAAAGAAAUCACACUGCCAGCCUCAUAUUUUUUUUCUUUUUUAAUUCUAUUUUUAAAUUUUUAAAAUCUGAUAUUUUUCUCAAUCUAGUAGUUCAGGGAGUUGUUACCAUUUUAGGAAAUCUGAAGUCCUUAUGACGAUUGUUUUGCUAAACAUGGCCUCAGUUAAUAAAAAGAGUGAAAUGAUUUGGGCAGAUAUAUUCUUUCUGUAGCACCAUGAGGCACAUAGGGGAUUCUCUGAGAGUAAACAUGUGCUCAUAACAGGCUGGCUGAAAUUUGGUUGGCCAGAUAAUGUGUAAUUGCUUAUGUAGAGAUGUGGAUCAUUCUCUAGGCAAAUUAUAUAUGUAAAUAGGAUAUCUAUUGCAUCCUUGAAGGUCUUGCCAUUUUACAUAUGUUUCUAACUGAAAGCACAUAAAUUGAAGUCUACCAUUUGCAUCUGUCAUGAAGAGAAGUAGAAAUCAUCUCUAAGUAAAAUUACUGAUGUAAUUGUAAUAACAAUGUCAUUCUAACGUCGCAUUUGCUCAGGUUUUUCACUGGAUCAGGGAUUUUGUCUUCCAGCUUUCACUUACAUGGUAUAUCUCAGAUUCAUUGAACUACUCCCAUGUGUUACAAGAGAAUAACUGAGGUCUGAAAUCUUAUCUCAGGCAGCUGGUUUGGACAUGGUCCUUCUUUGGUGACCAUCGCUGUGACUGUUGUUGCUGGUGUCAUCCCCUUGUGAGGUGAAGAGCAGUGGGUGCCAGAUUAAUCAGCCCUUACUGUAAUGAAAACCAAAGCCAGUUUGCUUCAGAAAAAAAAACAAACCCAAAACCAACAGCAUAAGUUGCUGGCCUGGUAAGGAAAGUACUGGAAGAGAGUUGUUUGUGCCAAUGUUGGCUCCAGAAAGAUGAAGUAGACAGAAAGAGAAGUGUGUUUGGGUUUGGAUUCCCUGCACUGAGGCAGAAAACCAAGACUUGCAUGCUGUGAUAAAAUCCCAUGCAAAUCAUAAAUGUGCACAAAUCCAUUUUGACGUGAAACUCUGCCAGUUUUGGUCUAAAUAGCUGCGAGGAGGUUUUUGCUGUUGCUGUGAGCGGUGGCAACAGUCUGCUCUGGUGCCUCAACCCGAGAAAUCCUGGCAGUAAAAAUGCUUCCUCCAAUAACACCUUCAAGCCUGGCAUUGCUUAAUGGGCUGUGAGAUCACAUGGAAGCAGCUGCUUCUCACCAUUACAGAGGACACGUUACUCCUCUUAGUCAGUUUUAACACACGGAAACCACAGAAUAAGAAGAAGGCAAAUCAGGGCUGAAAUACAACAUUUCCACCUCCACAUGCAGGAAACAAUAACAGUUCCAUAGUGCUGGCACAAAAGGGACUGAACUCAGCUUUAUUGUAUUGGGAAAGUAAUAAACACCCGUAAUAGGAGAGCUGUAGGUCGCUUUGCUCUUCCUGCACACCCACUGUGGUCCUCCUGUUCCUGUCUCCUGCCAUCCCACGGAGGAGGUUAAAUAACAUGAAGGAUUUACUGUGUUACAUGCUGGUAGUGGCUAGAAGAUUGCUGAGACCUGGGACUCAUUUUGUCCAUAGUGCACUAAGAAGAUGCAAUCUGUGCUCCAAAAAACUCCUUAACCCAAAGAAGCACCUCCACUAAGUGGUGGUUUCUGGUAGAGAAAUAUCCAGGUUAGAAGAUAGCCCUGCUGGGAACUCCAUCUCAUGUCACAAGGUGGGGAUACACCAGCCAGAGGAUGCAGAUCAACCAAGGAGGGCACAUCCCCUGUGCAGCAUGCAAGACGUGAAGCUGCAGUGAGACCAUCUCCAAGUGUCCUCCACGUCAGUUGGAGCAGAACAACCCUUAGACCUGCCCUAGGACACACUCAACAACCGCACAGGAUAAAAUUCCAGAAUAAGGGAAGGCUUGUGGUCUGCUAGAUAAUCUUCAAGCACAGUUUAGACAAUGGAAGGUUUUCAGGGCUAUUUUUUUUUUUCCUGCACCUGAAGGAAGAAAUGCUACCAACAGAGAAAGGCCAGCUUUUUGGUUGAUAUGUCAAUUUUUCAUAUUUCAUAUUCAUAUAUAAAAAAUAAAGAACAAGUAUAGAGCUGAGUUUUUAUACUGGCAUUCAAGCUAGCAGGGAUGUAAGAGCUCAGAUUUGAGCUUUCCAUUUCAUUGCAAGGAAAUAUUCAAUGUGAGCUAGGCCACUGGCAUAAUACUGACAUGUGUUAUGCUGGACCUUUUCAGAAGGGACCUCACUUACUGGGAAUGCUCAUUCCUUUCCAACUCUCCUUCUUCUUUUUGUCAUCCCUGGAAGAAACUCCUGAAUAAAUCUGAUCUUAUGUUUUUAUUCCUGGAAGACAGUAUUCAUGGAGAAACAUCUUCCUUUGCUCCUGGAAGGGCUGUGGCAGAGAACAUGAAUUACAGUGUAUCCUGAGGCUGACAAGAGAACGUCAGAAGUGGGUACCUCUCUGGAGACAGAAAUCACCAGUUUCCUUCUUCCUUCUGCUGAAGCCAGAGAUAUCAUAUGUGAUGUGACCCUAGUUUUGUUGUUCAACAGGGCCUGUUAACAGUGAUUCAGCUAUCAGGAAGGGUAAGAAAUUCCCUCUCCUUAUUGUUUAUUUUUCAGGAUGGAAGUGAAUGUCUGAGUGUUUUGCCUAGCUUUAUGGGCAACUUGUUUCCUAGAAAUGUUGAAAUGGAUGAUCCAGAGCUUGGCUUUUGCCUCCUGCAGCUGGGAGGGACAGGAAUUUUGAUAUUCCAUUGAUAUUUGCUGGAACUCACACCCCUCUUCUGAAUCAGUGCCUUCAGGUCAGGAGGUCCAGGUUGUUUUACCAGUCACAGCUAAAGGAAUAAAAACCCUUCACAAAUGCAGAAAUCUGACUUUGGAAGUGGAGGACUUUGGAGAGAUUUAGCCUGCCCUAAAGAUCUGACCUGUAACAUACCAUUGGAUGAAUAUGUUCUUUUCAUAUUCUGUGCUUCAGCUGAAAAUUAGUCGUUUGUAAUUUAUAGGUCUUUGUAAAUAUUGGGAAAGAAUGAGUGAGAUUAAAGAGACUCAGAUUGUUUUCAAGUAGCUUUUCAGUAAAACAGGUCAAGAAGCAGAUGCAGCAGUUCCAUCAACCAUGUUAAUUGUCCGCAAUAUGUUUGGAAAUCUAACAAGAAAAAAAGAGACUCCACAGUGUUUUUUGGGCGGGUCAUUUCUUUGUUGUUGUUCUAAACAUAGUGUUCUGUAGCCAAACACUUCCAGCCAGUCUUUCUUGGUUGUAUCAUUACAGCAAAAGUUAGAACAAACAGAACACCACUGGUGUCUUUGCAAAUUGGAGCAUGAAAGUAGAUUUUUAACUUCACAAAGUAUUAGUCAUGAUCUUCUAAGAGCUUAGACUGUUGUUUUUUCAUAGUGAAAUGACUAGAGGUUUGGUCUUGCAAUUCACAGUGUUGUUCUCUCCCUGUUGCCUCUUUGUCAAAUCCUUGUUACCUGAGUUUUGGAAUGGCCAAAGACCUGAUGGAACCUGCAGGAAUACUCUUGCCUGACAUUCCUUCAACAAAAGGAGCAAUGGCAAUGUUGACCUCCCUUGGUUACAUCUAAGUACAGUUUAAUUCUCUGCACUUCAGGUCUUGUCUUCAGCCCAGCAAGUGUCAUCUGCAGCAUCUUCCUGCUCAAAUCAGCUUCUGAUCUUGCUGGAAAACUUUUUUGUUUCACAGAUUUUUGAUGACAGAUUUUACUACAGGGUGUCUCUGUCAGUAGCGACCUUUUGGGAACGUUCCUUGAAGUACCCUGAAAAGUACCACUGAGUAGCAAAGUGCAGAUAAUAGUAUUCUUCACUGCUCGCUUGGAUGAACUGGGUGAACUGGGAGUUGGCUUUGGCUGGGUGAUUUAUUCUCCUUUCCAUCACUUCAUCCGUAUUUGCCAUUCUUGGACUAUAUCUGAUGGCAGGCAUGUCAUAGAUGGUUAAAACCAGCAUAUGACAUGUCUUGAUUAUGGUUUGAUGUGGGACUAUUUUACGUCUAUCCAUCCAACAGCCAUCUCUUUGGGACACCAAAAGCAUAACAUUGCUUAAUGUUUAUGGAAUAAUAUGCUCUUGGCUUCUUACCCAUAAUGCAGCAAGUAAAAAAAUGCAUGCACUUAGCUUGCACUUUCUCCUCAUGCUGACUCUCCCUUCUGUUUUAUUUCAAGUUUAGAAGCUUUCUCUUUCUUCUUUCUUUGGAGCAACACCCCAUUUGAGUCUUUGCUCAAAUGAGCACUCACUUUCUAGGAAGCAUUUGUUGGCAGAGGGACAAACACCACACUUCUGUCUUUCUCAUGGUUGGUUUUAUCAUGAUGCUGCAAAGCCUGGCUGGUGAGACAUGCAGAUUUCUUCAGGCAAAAUGGCCUCAAUUUCCUGAUUUUAUAGGAGAAUACCCUGAUUAUUCAGAUACUGGGAAUAUCAGCAGAUUCAUAAAAGAUGGCAAGGAUCAGAGAUGUAAGAAUGACACAAAUGGAUUAUGGCUACAAGAAUGAUCAGGUAUGAGAUAAUGAUUUACAGCAGUUUUGUAGCUGGAUGGUAUCUUUUAGUGUUAAAAAACUACACUUUUCAAUCAGUAGAUUAACAUUCACUUUUUCUGUGUUGAUCUGUCCAAAAAGACCCAGGGCAAGGGGUGCUUUCUGAACCAGAACUGCUAAGGAGGUACCAAUGCUUCACAAUAAUUUGGAUGUGCUCCAUGUUUUAACCAAUCUAACAAAACCACAGAUCUGUUACCAUGCAGAGGUAUGGUUUCUUUCCUCUGUUUUGUUCUCCUGAUUAGGAGCUCCAUGCUGUGUUUUCACAGGCUUAGAAGGGCAUAGGAGCAGGGAGUUGAUAUGGGGAGAGGAUGCUAACUGCCAGGUUAAAGUCCUCCCUGAUCCAAAUCUGUUCCACUGUCACUGUAUUUUGUCAGAUUAGUGCAGUGGGCAAAGUAGAAUGUCCUGAGUUGGAAGGGACCCAGAAGGAUCAUCAAGUCCAACUCCUGUCCCUGAAUAUGAUGAUCCCAAAAUUCACACCAUGUGUCUGAGGGUGUUGUCCAAUCAUUUCUGGAAUACUGUGUACGAAGUAACACCAAAUGGAAAGCAGGUAAGACAGCCCCAUUGGUUAUCUGCCCAAAUAUUACAAACAAAAAAAGGUACUUCAGCCAUAUGUUCCUUUUCAGAGAGGAGGAGGACAUCAGGAAGUCUCUUAAUCCUUGCUAGGUUGCCAAAUGAGGGAAACUUGAAAGACUGCCAGAGAGAAGUGAGAUGAAAAGCAUUAGCAUUUGAUGUUUUGGGGAAUAAAACUACCUAUCCUGUGGAAAAAAAGAAAAAAAAAAAAAAAGAAAAAAAAGCCCUGUAGCUCAGUGAUACAUUUGUCUCCGAAACAUAUUUGAGUUGAGUUCUUAAAAUAGUCACUUAUUCAGUUUAUGAUGAUGGUUUUUGAGUUCUUUCAAGUGGUUUUUUUGAAGCUCCAUUAGAUAGUAUGAGACAAUUCACACUGGUGUUAGAAACCACCAAAGGAGCCCAGACUGAGAAGCAAGAGGACAUAACUCAGAGGGGCUUUUCUAACCACUCUAAAGAUCUUAUUUUUUUGAAAAUAAAUACAUUCUUAAUCAAUCUGGAAAAUGACACAAAAAGAUCACAACAACAUGUACUUACAAGAAUGUACUUCGAAGAACAUGUUGUUCUUUCAAGCUGAGUGUUUUCAACUGCAAAAUAUUUUGAAGUGGAGCUUUCCUGCAGGAUUAUUUGUCCAGCCUGUGUACUUAAAGAGCACUGCAGAAGGUUUCAGGUGUUACCUCCCUGCCUCACAGAGUCUUGGGGUUAUAAGCAGAUGAUUUGAUUUAAGCACUUAGGGCUGAAGCCACAAAAGGAAAUGGUUGCUUGGUUGUGUCUUAGCUCAGCAUUUCUCAGUCCAAAGUAUAGAUCCUUAAUCUCCCCAUGUUUGGCUGCUGCCCACUCAGAAAGCCCCUGAAAGCCCACAGUGAGGAUCCUGAGGCAUCAGGAUGUCCCCUUCUGGGACUCUGCCUGCUGGUGUCUCUUGGAAAACCAACUACCACUGCCCUCAAGAAAGGUGGAAGCAGAAAUACAGAUGUCCAUCUCUCCUCAUUCCCAUCCUUGGACGCUGGGCACUCCUCCAUGAAGCAUUUGGGUCCUCUUCUAUUUGGUGUUUCUUCCUCAGAGGUACUGGUUGUGAGGAGAGAGUGUUCUCAAGUUUUUUGUAGUCAUCAAGCUCAGUCAUGGAAAAUUUACUGUGUGCUGACCCAGAAAAUGACCAUCUGCAUGACUGCACUGCCUGGCCAAUGUGGAUAGAAGGGCUAUCUCCCAGGAGCCAGCACACAGCAUCAGAUUUUGAAGUAAUUCUUGGCUCAAGGAUGAGAGAGAUGUCUCAUACCUCACAGGUGAGUCCUCCAACAACAUAGCUCAGUGAAUGUGUAGGUGAAGGCUGCGAUAAGGCUGAGGAGCCUUCCUCAGGGCAUUUAUCCAACCAUGGAGGUUGUGGCAGUGAGACAGGUACCCAGCAACUGGAGCACCUAAUUCCCUUUGAGAGCUGUGACUGAAGGAAUACUACUUCUGUUGGCAUUUUCCCUUGGCCAGCAGCUCCCUGCUUCCCAGCCCAGCUGUUUUGGAGCCUGGGCCAGGGUGUCUUGCUGUCUCCACAGACUGGAAAAGGAACCUUGGCAGCACUGGUCUGCUUUGUGCCAUAGGAUGUCCUGGCUGCCUUGGUUUGUCAGGGGAUUUAACCUUGCCUGAUUUGUCUGCAGUUAUGUGCAAGGCACCUCUGGUCUUCAGCCUGGUUCUCAGCAGACCAGAGGAGCAGCUCGCUAUUAACUCAUGAGUAAAUUAUUCUUGUCAACUUUUCAUUGUCACAGAAAUCCAUAAAGAGAGGACUUGCUGUUUUUCUCCCCAUUCAUUUAUCCUAUUAGUUUUUAAGGUGCAGUAAAAAGGGCUGCUGUAGUUACCUUCCUCUUGCUGAUGAGCUGUGAAGGAAUAAACUUCACAAAGCACAGUAGGCUUAACAAGAAAAACUAUGUCAUGAGACUAGGUAAUGAGCUCAUAGCAUCUAAGUGAACAGCAACGAUUCCAAGUAUCUAUAUGACUAAUUUGCCUUAUGUCAUUAAUUAUGCCUUAUCUUGGCAGGGAGAAUGGGAUUCACAUUACACCAUUGUAUUUUCCUAUUAGCUUGUGCUAAUGAAAACAGAAAGCAAAGCAAAGGGCAAGUCCAGUAAGAGAGGAGUCACAAGGUGUCCCUUGCAAACCAGAUCUCACUCAGUCAAGGCAAUAAAUCACAGUGGGGUGUUCAAUGGACACUGAGGGGCAUGGCAACUCACUGGGGCUCUCCACACCUUGUGGGAGAAGAGGUUGAGGUUUUUUGUGCGUGAUAAGAAGGAAAAGCAUGGCCUAAAUACCAGUGGGCAGUCUUAUUCUCACAGGGGAGAGAAGAAGGUCUGGAGGCCUCAGUGCAGCAGGGCUGGAUCCUGUCCUUGGAGUCACCAGAAGGAUGUUGUCACCAGGUUUCUUAGUAUUGCUGAAAGCUCUAAGGUUGGUGGGGACAUGAAACUUUGAGAAGACUUACAGUAAGGGUGCUGGAGACCAAACUGUGAGAUCUCUGCAGCAAUGCUUGAAGAACUAACCUUUCAUAGAGAAAAGAAAACAUGGAUAUUUCCUUAGUGGGCUGAAGUCCUCUGCAUCAGUGAAAAGAGACACUUGUAUUGCUAGUUUUGUUUCACUGGCUUGAGCUUUUCUUCCCAGGCUUCCCUGAGGGACAUCAUUCACUGUUGUGAAGCCCUAAGAUGCUAGCAGGAUAUGUGACCUUAAAGUUAAUGUGAUUUAUUGAUGUCAGUACUCAUGGAAGAGCUGUGGAAAGUCCCUAAACCUCUGGCAGGGUGUGCUGGGGAAAGACCUUUUGUAUCUACCCUUCCUUACCCCACCAUUAGCCAGGCGGGAGCUUGGGCCCUGAGCUGGGUGAACAUCUGCUCUGACGCAGGAAGGCAGUUCCCAUAAGCAGCAAACCAGCAUCUGUCAGGCACUUUAGCUACAGCUCAUAAUACUUUUUCUCCCUUUGUUCUCUGCCUUUUAUCCUUUGAUGACUUACCAGGCCACUCAGACCAGAGGAGAUCCCUGGGUCUUCAGAGCAGGCAUUUAUCAGCAUCUUGAGCAGUAGCACAAUAUCAGAAGAGAGAAAUACUUCCCCGGGUUCUGGGGAAAAGUGCAAUAACAAUUCUCAGAAGGUUUAUUUAAACAUGGCUGUUUAUUUUUGCUGGAGCUUGAGUUACCUUCCCUUAUAGGAGUAAUGUUUUUGGAAUCCUCCUCAUUUUGCCUAUAAUAAAUCACAGUUGUCUGAAGAAAAGGAGCAGGGCUCUGUCAUUUUUCUUUGCUUUUCCUCCAUCAGCAAGUGAAGGAAAUGCCCUGAAAAGAAUCAUUUAUAACAAACUUGCUUUUGACAUUGCUGGCAAGCCUUGGCAUGUCAAUCAGAAAAAUUACUGCCCUAUCUCUGGGCAGUCAGAGCACAAAGUUGCAGCUCUUUUGCUUCUAAUUGUAGGUUGGCAGGACCUCUACUAUCAGGCAACACAGAGAAUAAAGAACACAAGAAAGGCUCACAGCUGGAUCUUAGCAAGGGUGGCAGGGGUGGAGGGAGGGGACUCCAGGUCUUGUUAUGACUUCAAGCCAUAUUUUGUCCCAGUGGUUGCCAACAACCACACGGACAACUUGCUGGCAUUGUGGCUUCUUACAAAUCAUGGGCUUCGUUUCUCAGUGUGGGCAAACAACAAUGCGAAGUUGCACCCAGAGCUCUUUAAUUCUCUGUGAGGGGAUGGCAUUUGGGCUGAAGCACAGCAAAGGGACCUCAGGGAAGAGCAGACUGAUGGUGAAGACUAAGACUUCAAAGAAGUUCUGAAAUGGCUCUGACUCUUCUCAUCCCCAUUUUUGAGCAGCUUUUCAUUGAGAUUUGCUGCUGUGGGCUAAAUUGCUUGGAAGUGUUCGGCUGAUAGAACAGCUGCAACUGGUAAUCUCCAGCAUCUAACAGGCUCUAUUAUGAUGAUAUUUUUCCCCAUGAAGCUCUGAAAAGAUUUUUCAAAGGAUAACUAUUUUUUUGCGUAAUCUUGAAUGUAUACAGCUAGAUAAACUGAGAUAUAUAAGUAGGCCAGUAUCCGAUAGCACAAUAGCAUGUGGGCAAAAGAAGACUGAAAAACCAGGGUGAAAACCUGGCUGCAACAAAGUCAAUGGAACUAUAAUUUUAAGUGCAAUUUUCUAGGAAAAUUAGUUUUACAGUACCCAUCUCUCAGUCUUGCUCACUUCUUUAAGGAUUAAGACAGGAUAGUGCUUGGAAACGAAAUAUAGCUACAAAAAAAUAUCUGCAAGAUGGCAGAAAUUGAGAUGUUUUUCAGGGAAGAAAGACACCUUCCCAGCACUGACCACCAUUAAUGUGGUAGAAAAAUACCUUUAUUUGGGAACCUGGCAGGCCACUCUUUGAUGUACUUCAGCUAAAAAAUGGUGAGUGUUCAGUUCUUUCUGCUGAGUAGUUUUGUUUCAGCUGCCUCUGUUUGAAUCCUCAAUAUUAUUAGACAUUUUUGUGUAUCUUGGCAUAAAGGCAUUGAGCUUCAAGUGAGAAUAAUGCAUAUUGCCCUUUUUCUGUAGUAUUCAGGUACAUUUUGAAGGUAGCCAUACUGCAGACCUGACCAAAUACUCAAGAAAAUACAAAAGAUUAUGGUUAUGUUAGAGAAGGUUUUCGUUGUUUUCAGUCUCCAUCGUCUCCUUAGUGGGGUUUAGGAUUUACAAGAAUUUAGGGGUGUAUGGUUCAGCUAAAGCAUUUCCCCAGAUUAGGUUUUGUUCAUUCUUUGGUCUCCUUUAAAAAUAUUUUAAGAAAUGUCAUCAGACCAUGAAACUCUGAAUGUUAAAUUAGAGUCUUACACAAAUAAUCCAGGUUUGGGGGAUCUUGUAAUGCUAAGUGGAUUCUUUGGCAUCAACUAAUUUUAUUAUGGAUGGAGCCACAGCAGAACCACAUUAGAAAUGGAUAUUGUUACAACACUUUCAGUAUCAACAAUGCUACUUGGAAAGGAAUAAUGUAUUCCAGAUGGCUAUUAAGAAUGUCUGUCCUUUUAGAAGGGUUUUUUUCUUUUUGUUUAGUUGAUUUAUUCUGAUAAAAUUUCAGAUAAUUUAGAAUUCUGUCAAAUAGUAAACAUGAAGAUAAGGUUAUUCACAGAACAGGCAGGCUGAAAGGUUACUUCAUUUAAUUCAAUUAGAUAGGUUUUCAUAUUGGUUUUAUUUCUUUUAUCUCAAGUAUUGUAGCUAAUUUUUCUUCAUGAAAGAGAAAGUAGAGUGCAGUUGUUACAGAAAUCAAAACUGCUGGGGUAUGUCCAAGGCUUUUGCACAUCACUGGCAAGUAAUGGGACAGCAGUUACCUAUAUAAGUAGGUGGAUGUAGUUACAGCCACUGACACAACAGAUGAGAUUUUUGAGGUGCUUGAAUAAGACAAAAAUCUUAAAUCGUGAUGUGUAUCACAGUAACAUUUCUCACCAGACCUGUAUGUAAGUCGUGCACCCCACUGGACCUCAACUGUCUGAAGUGAAGCCAGAUACUUUAAAUGCAGCUUUACUUUUCUGCUGAACAUGUUUGAGGGAAGUCUGGAUGCUGUUAGGUCAAGCUAAAAGUACUGCAGGCUCACAGGGGCUUGGUUUCUACAGGCUCCAAAUCACCUUGUCUCUGUAGGCUCCUUCUUGGUCCUGGUGCUCUGAUAACACCAAUGGUCUGUACAACACUGAUGAGGACACAAUCAGAAUUUCCUUUCCAUCACUGAUAUCCUUUUGUACCAAGUUAUCCUGCACACAAGGUACAGUGGGCAACACAAGGCUGAUGCCGUCCCUGGAUAGUGCAGGUAAAAUAUUACCUAAGCAGUCUUGCACAGGAUGUUUUUUUAAUCCCACUCUGGCUCCCUGGUUUGGCAAGGAUUUCAAUGCCUGAUUUCAUGCCUGUCCCCAGGCAUGACAGUGUGAACAAAGGCUGUCGUGAUGUGCCUCAGCUUUUUAUUGUCUGUUCUUCUCAAGACAUGCUCUAUCUGGGCUCUCUCCCAGCUUCCCCUUAGGCCAUUGCUUAGAUCCUUUGAAUCAGGUAUUCACAGGCCCCCAGGGGCACUGGGAAACAUAAGGAUGGGGACAGCAGUGGGAUGCAGGCAGGCUCAAUCUGGAUGUUGCUUCUGCUGAGCAAAGUCCGUGGUGACCUCCAUUGGCAGAGCUCAAUGCUCACUGCUGCGCUAUGUGGUUCCUUCUCCACUGUACCCAGCAGCAUCCACCCUUCUCUCUCAAGACUUUAUUUUGCUUUUGUGUGUUUGUCCAGCAGGCACUAGUUGAGCUGCUCACUGAAAGGCUUUUGAAGAUGUUCCCCAGAGCUGGAGGCUGCUGAGCAUCAAGUAGUGGAAGUGCUUGAGGAGAUACUCCUCCAGUUUCUUCCUCUGACAUUGCAACCUGGAGACAAGUUUUUUCUCUAAUGAGACUGUGCAAACAUCAUGUGUUCCUCUGGGGCCAGGAGUGGAGAUGGCCAGGAGCAACAGGACACAGUAAAUCAGCAAUGCUGCUUCUGUGAGACUGGUGGGAUUUUCCCCCUUGGGAUGACUGUUGCACAAGAAGAACUACCAAUAACUGAAGUGUAACAACCGUGACUGUCAUGCUUCUCAUUUUGGAUGAGGAAGGAAGAGUAUACCCACCUAUAGAUGAAUUCAGUGGACCUGAAACUCCAGGAGUUGGGUAAAAGGCAUCUGAUAUUCACUGAUUUUGAUGAACAACCACUUCUUGGUUUAUAGACAUUGUUGAAUCACUGUUAUAUCAGAUUUCUUCAUAGUCACUAUGGCAUUUUUAAAAGAUAUGGUUAUUAGAAAUAAGAAAAAAGGAAAAGUCUCCAUGGGAUGUAGGACAGAUACUGGAGUGUGCUAAAGACUAAAAGUGUACAAAAAUGCAUCCCAACCAACACCAGCUACUAAUGUCACUCAGAGAUUUAGUUUGUGAAGGAGCCGCAGGAUAAGCUACUGAAUGACAGUGCUGGAUUAAAUAGUUGCUGAUGAUACUAAUUUUCUAUAUUUCCAUGACUAGCUAAGAUGGAUGGUUUAUAGCAACUACUUCUGGAUGUGUAGCUGUGGAGCAGAGAGGGGCAGUGAUUCCUCGAAACUACUAGAUUUCCUCAUCUCCUGUUUUAAAAACAGAUACAGUAGGGGCUGCUCCUGUGCUUCAGUUCUGUAGACUAAACUGUAUUUUCCUAUUGAUUUUCUUAUUUUUUUUUUUUAGCUUAUCCCUUUGAUGUCAUCUCUUAAGGCUCGUAGAUAUUGUCCCCAGAGCCUCAUUAAUUUCAAUAUGAUAGCCAUUUUAGAUAAUCCAUCAUUAGAAAAAAAAAAAAAAAAAUCAAUAUUUCUUUAGGUUUGUGCCUGUUUCAGCUUUCCAGUCCCUUGAACAAAUGGAAGGUUUUCUCCAGAGCACUCUAUAUAUCUGUUGGUUGGAGUUCUUUCCUUAUCACCCUGAUGCUGAGCCCCAACAAGGUCUUUAUAUGUGUGCAAGAGCUAAAAGAUCAGAUGUGCAAAUAUAUAACGGAUUAUAGCAGCUAAAGUAGACUUGACCUGUGCUCUGUGGUGGUUGUUUUUAUUAUUAUAUUUUUAUUUUAUUUUUAUUUUUUAAAUUGAAGCAUUAUGUCUUCUAUCCUUUCUGAGCUUUUUGUAUUUGCACUUGGUUUACUUAGCAGACAACACUAAAAAGAGUAAUUUGGAGGAUCUCUACAUUUGUCCUGAGCUAUUAAAUUACCAGAAAAAUGGCAAAGCUAGAAAAUCUAGGGGACAAGAACAGAAAUCAAAACUACCCAAUGAAAUGCUGCAUGAUUUCUUUGGUAGGAACUUUAUUUUCAGCUCCUCUGUUUACUAUAGCACAGAAGACGAUUCAGAUGAUCACAGUCAAAGAUCAGCUCCUUUUUGGUGCUUCCAUGGACCUGAGCCAAAAUCUGUUGAUGUUUAUCUCAUGUACUGAAAAUAUAGUGUGAACAUAUAGAGGGGAGUGGAGUUUCAUCACAGAAAUUUUAGAAUACAAAAAAAAAAAAAGUCAAGGAAAAAGGUAAGUGCUUUUAGACCCACAACUAAGAAUUUGUAAGAUAAAAGCCAAAAUCUAACUCCCAGGUUAGUUUUUGGAAAUCUGGGAGAUUAUAUUUUAAGAUAUAUGAGUAUGACUUUGGUAGAAGAAUAGCUUAAAAAGGGUGCUUUAGGUGAUAGAAAAGGGCUUAUAAAAUAAUAAGGGCAUCCCCUGAAAUAGAAAGAACAACAGCAACAUAGGACAGUCAUCAUGCUUUCAGUGCAAAAGGAGAAUUUGCAUUCCUAACCUCCCGCAUUGGAGCUGGGUCUUGAAUAGCGUUUCUGUUUUCUCUUCAGCUGAGCUAAUGCCAGAUCUUCGUAAGUGUCAACACUGCAACCAAAAAAGCUCAAAGUGGCAGGAACGUUGUUUGUGGGGGAGAUUGGAGUCGGAGCAAAUACUCUCGUCAAGGUUGCUUGCUCCUGACUAAUGACGUGUCGUUUGCAGUAAGAAAAGCCAAAAAGACUUGCCCACAGGCAGCACAGUUCUCCAGAUGAGUCCCAUGCCUACUCCAAGGAGCAGCCGGUGAGGUAAUGCUGCUCCUCUCUCCAGGCUGGACUAUCUGCUUUAGUCAGGGGUUGACAUCACCCUCGGCCAAGGAAUCCAACGUAAUUCUUGAUGGUUCUAUGUGUCAUUUUCUCUAUUGGCAGGGAGAAUUCAUCUUAUGUGACUUCACGUUCUAAAAAAAUUGCAGAUUGAGUGUAAGUCACCUACACUCCCCAUGUGCUUUGUUUAGAGAGAUUGGCAUUGCUAUGCGAUUCGUUCCUGGUCCAUUGGAGACCUGGGAUGAAUCACCCUCUGGACAUAGGAUGAGGGAAAAUAGCCACAAGUUGUGCCAGGGGAGGUUUAGAUUGGAUAUUAGGAAAAAUUUUUUCAUGGAAAGGGUUGUCAGGCAUUGGAACAGGCCGCCAGGGAAGUGGUUGAGUCACCAUCCCUGGAGGUGUUUAAAAGAUGUGUAGAUGUGAUGCUUAGGGACGUGGUUUAGCGGUGGACUUGGCAGUGCUGGGUGCAUGGUUGAACACAAUUAUGUUAAAAGUAUUUUCCAACCUAAACUAUUCUGUGAUUCUACAACAUGCCAAUUUUUCUUUAGUGGAUGCAGAGUUACUGAUGUUUCCAAUUCAGAUAUGAAGCCUCAGUCUGGAUGGUGAAAAUUAGGAGAACCGAGUUGCUUGGUGUGGUAGACUGUGAUCUGUACAGCUGGGCUGCUGCAAACCCGUAUUUCCCUGGCUGGCAUAAAUUUAGAGUAGUGUUUGGGGAACCUUUCACCCCAAGGGUAAUGAAGCAGGUGAGUGAGGGAAGGACUGGAAGGUUGGGUACUUCUCCUUUGGCUUUUUCCGUAUGUUUUGGUUCUAUGGAUAGCAGGCUCCAAUGUCUGUUUUCUGCUUUCUACUCAGUGUUGAAUACGUCAACAGUUUGAAGGAGUUUGAGCUUGAUUGGUCUAAUACAGAGCAGAGAUCAGCUAAAACUCUUGCUAUUGAGUCUGGAUUUUCCCAUGUAAGCCCAGCCUAGGAAAGACUUCCGUGGAAAAGAAGUGGAUGUUGUCUUUGUAGGAAUUAAGUGGAAACAGAGCGUUCCCUGCCAUCACGAAAAGUCUCAGCUGUGAGACACUAAAGUUAACUGAAGUAAGUUACAUGUUAAUUUUGGUGAGUGAGCUGGAGUUUCACAAAUGUGUUAAUGCUUUCAUGAGUUGAUGGUGUCAGGUAUGAUUUAUUCUAAAAAUAUUAUUUUUCAGUCAAAAUGUUUUGUUCCUCCAAAUUUGUCAGUUUUGCUAAUUAAGACAUAAAUUUCCUCUUACUUAGAGAACCUAAAGUAAAGCUGAUUCUGACUUUUGAAAUCUGAGCCACAUGUACUGCGCAGAAAGUGAGUUGCCAAGGGCCUCAAAUUUAAGUCAGGAGUCACCAUGACUGAUGUUUGCAAACAGAAAUAAGAACAAAAAUGUUGUGUUUCUGUCCUUUUGUUACUUUUCAUUUUGUCCAUUAUUAAAUAUUUUAAUUUCCCUCCCUUCUUCUGUGAAUAUCAAAAUUCAAUUACAAAUGAGAAAUCAUUUUGAAGCCAAUGAAUAUUCUUUUCCUCAAAAAGUAUUUAGUGAAGUUUGUUCCCUUUUUAUUCAUCAUUAUUUCAAAUGUUGAUCAGCUGAUUUCUUUCAAGAAAGGAAAGAAACAAGAAGUCCUCUGAAAUACUCCCAAGGAAUACCCACUGACAGAGGUAUUUGUUGAUGUGAGGAAAAAUAUGCCAUUCCAAAAAUAUUGCAGGCAUUUCCUCAUUAUGAGAACCUGCUCCUGCUUAUGGAAAACAGAGAAGAGAAAUUCCAACUGGUGCAUGCAGUCAUCAGGUGUUUGCUGCGAAGUGUUUGCCAGCAAAGGACAAGUUUGCAAAGGGCAUCGGUCUCCAGGAGACCCCAUGUAGGCUGGGAAGUGAGAUUUUACUCAGAUUUUACCCAGGCAUCCAAAAAAUGGGAUUUAUUCCUGAGACACCAGUGACCUGUGGCUACAUGAUGUCCAGUUUUUAUUCCCAGUGGGAGCUCCUGUUUCUCAACAGAUCUGAAAUUCAGGCUGUUUCAUUUUUAGAAACCUAAAUGAGCACUUAGCACUUCUGAAAUUCUGGCCGUGGGCAAAUGCACAGUAACAAAGAACUAAAGUUACAUGGACUCAGAAAGAACAAGUCAUAAGGUUAGCUUUUGGUCAUCAGAACAAUGUAAAACAUCUUAGAUUUGUUCCCCAAAUCCAAUUCAGGUUUCAUCUGCACUGAACAGUCAGUAUAUCAGUGAAAUAACUGGGAAUUCAAUGAAUUAACCAAUCUGAAGUAAUUGCUGGUAGUUGGGUCUUUGUGUGAUUUGUGCUUGACAAUUUGUAAGGACCACAAUCUACCAUUCGAAGCUGGUAGUAAAAGUUUUUUAGUGGUGGUAUGUUUAUCUUUUUGUUUGUUUAUUUCAUUUUGGUUUUAAUCAUCCUAGAAGAAUUUUCUAAGCAUAGUGAUUUGCGCUUGCUUAACUUUCUAUUUUCCCUAAAUCUCUGUCAUGGAAGAUUGAAUCCAAUUGAUCUAAAAGCAAAAUGAGUAAAUCUUAAAUGAAUGUGUUUGGCAGGAGCAAAGCAAAAUAGUUUGCUGGAGGGAAAGAUGGUCAAAGUCCUGAUCUUUUGCUUUUCUCCUUUCCCUCCUCCAUCAUAUAAAUGAUGGGUGAUGUUAUCCCAUGUCCAUAACGUCAUCGUCCAUCAUGUCAUGUCUGUCAUGGAGACCUGAAGAAGGCCAUGUGUUUAAUGCAAUAUUUCUUGUAAUAAGAAAUAUCUGACAAUGUCAAGAGAGAUUUUUCAGGCUAACUGUACCACAAGUAGCAUUCAGUGAUGUAUACCACAAGAAAUUGCACCCAAGAAAGGAGAGAACUGAUUUAAUAGACAUCUGGUCUAGAUAAAUUUGUCAUGUCUGCUGUUGUAAUUAUAUGCUAAUUACAUGAUUUCACACUACUUAUAAUCUCAGAAGCGUACUGUUUCUAAUUAUACAUUACCUCCCAAAAAAGGCCUUACUGGCUUCUGUCGUUCAAAUAUUGGUUUUAUUCAGAUUGCCUCUCUCUCAGUAGGUAAUUUUAUGGCUACUGUUGUUGCUGAUACCCAAGAACCACCUGGACAUUGGUAGAUUUAUGCUCACUGAGUCCUGCAAGGGCAGGAAAGAGUAUAAUAAUUGCUGCAUUUCAGAUGGAGAAAAUCUUCGAAACAGUGGUAGGACUUUUAAAUAUGCUUCUAAGAAUAAAAGAAGAAAACUUCUGUGCCAAAAAUACAGUUAGUGGCUUAUGUCUGCCUCAGCAUUUUGCAUAGCAACAGGUCUUUUGUUAGCUUUUAGUGUCUCUGAGACCUCUCCUCAUAUGCAGCAUAGACUUACUUUCUUUUAAAAACCAGCCUCCAGAGAUGGAUGUGCAGCUGCCACAGCUGGAAACAUCUUCUCCCACCACUAACCCAGCCAAAGAAAUGAUGUUUCUGAUGGCUUGCUCGUAGUGCUUUGUUUUCUCUCUUAAUUAAUCAGAGUUCUUAUCUUUUCUGCACUUCAUCUUGUCUAACAGGCAUUCCCCAAAACAUCUGAAUUUUAUUUCUAGGAAUAAGUGUGUUGUCUUAUUGGGACCAUGUGUUCAUCAGAGUUUGCCCUCUGUUGUCUCUGCAGCACAUAUGAGAAACCAUAUUGAUUCAUUCCCAGGGGACUAUCUUUGAGUAUUCAUGCUAUUUUUAUUAAACAAAAAUCUAUCUUUUUCCUCCCUUCUCCCACUCCCCCUGCACCCUCCAGCUAUAUCUAGCCUUGCUGAGCCAAAAAAAGGAACAAAUGGAAAAACAUAUUAAAAAUAAGCUUUUGUCCACAUGGAGGAGGAUUGUCAUCAAUUUGCAAACUAGGAAGUCUGUGUUAUACCCUCCAGUUUUACCUUUGGUUAUCUGUACAUCUCAGGUACCUGUGCAGGUGAGUCAAUGCCUGAGCACUCAAGGAAUGGAUGCUCCCAGUCUUGUCCCCUCACUGGAAAACCAGCAAGAGGCCAGCCAAGACUGAUGCGUGUCCUGUGGAUGCCCUGGGAGUUGCCAACAAGAUGAGCAAAGGAACCGAAGGCUCGUUGUUCUUCAGGGUGAUGCCAAAGCACCAAGAUCCAAACACUAGCCCUCUCCCACCUACCACCAGCCUGUUUCCUCCAUCAGAGAAUGAAAAUUGUCCAAGCGCAUCCUCGCAGCCCUGCUUUCUUUGGAAAUAAGCCUUAACCCUCACGUCAGAUGGAAAAAUCUAGAACACUGAGGGAUCUCUAAACCAAACGAUACCAGGGCAGAAGCCCAAAUUUCAUCUCUCUAGACUGCAACUACCCAAAAGCAUGGUGAAUACAAAUAUGACUAUUUUAAAGACGAAACCUUGGCCGUGAUUGACAGCAAGGCUGUUCUUUGCCGCUUCCCUCACUGUUGACAAGUAAUAAUGAAGCUUUGUCAGUCCAUCAUGGACAUGGAUAUGCCAGAUUAUGUUGACUCCUUGGACUCCUCUUACACCAUGCUGGAAUUUGACAACCUUCGGGUGCUCCCCAACAACACUGAGGGGUCUAAUGGUCCCUGUUCUCUGCCUGCAGAGGCCAUCACAGCAGAAUCAGCCAACACCAACCUGCUCACCAGCGGCAUCAGCUCCCUCUGCUCCAUCUGUGGGGACCGGGCAACCGGCAAACACUAUGGGGCAUCCAGCUGUGAUGGCUGCAAAGGCUUCUUCAGGAGGAGCGUCCGUAAGAACCAUAUAUAUUCCUGCAGGUUCAGCCGACAGUGUGUAAUAGACAAAGACAAGAGGAACCAGUGCAGGUACUGCAGGCUGAAGAAGUGCUUCAGAGCUGGCAUGAAGAAAGAAGCUGUGCAGAACGAGCGCGACAGGAUCAGCAUCCGCAGGAGCAGCUACGAGGACAAUGGCUCACUCUCCAUUAACGUGCUCACCCAGGCCGAGGCCAUGGCACAGCAGUAUUCAUCGCCGAGUCCGGUGCACAGUGCGGACAUUGCUAUGAAGAAGGUUGCAACCAUCAACGAUGUGUGUGAAUCCAUGAAGCAGCAGUUGCUAGUGCUGGUUGAAUGGGCAAAAUACAUCCCAGCGUUUUGUGAGCUCCCACUCGACGAUCAGGUUGCCUUGCUCAGAGCCCACGCAGGGGAACACCUGCUCCUCGGGGUAGCCAAGCGGUCGAUACCGUACACCGAUUUUCUGUUAUUAGGGAACGACUUCAUCAUCCCAAUGCACUGCCCGGAGCUGGAAAUCGCUCGUGUGGCCACCAGAAUCUUGGACGAGUUGGUGAAGCCCUUGCGGGACAUCCAGAUUGAUGACAAUGAGUACGCAUGCCUUAAAGCCAUCAUCUUCUUCGAUCCAGACUGCAAAGGGCUGAGCGAGCCCGGGAAGGUGAAGAACAUGCGUUUCCAGGUCCAGGUCAACCUGGAGGACUACAUCAAUGAUCGACAGUACGACUCCCGAGGCCGGUUCAGCGACAUCCUCCUCCUGCUGCCUCCGCUGCAGAGCAUCACCUGGCAAAUGAUAGAGCAGGUCCAGUUCGUGAAGCUCUUUGGUGUGGCCAGGAUCGACAGCUUGCUGCAGGAGAUGCUGCUGGGAGGAACCACCAUUGAUCUCCAGUACCAGUCAGGACCUCCCAACCUCAACAUGGAACCGCUGCCAGGACACGUCCUCCCAAGCAACAUGAGCUCUGUGAUUCACGCUGCUCCAGACCCAUCUCCUGAAACAUCCCUCCCGUCUCCUUCGACAAGCACAGGCAGUGAUGACUAUAAACUCGGCUCUAGCGCAGGGCCCAGCGCCGUUGCGCAGCUCUUGCCUCCGACAGUGAUAACCAAGCAGGAGAUUUUAUAGGGCGAGGUAGGAGGAGAAGCUGGGAGCAACGUGGGAGCCGCGCUGGGAGUGAAACAGGCAAAACACAACAUCCCCCUGCCCAUAACCAUGUCCGUCAGUCACACUCUGUCCCGUCCGUGAGUCCAGCACCAGUUGCCGCCUGCAGCAGGACCUUCAACACGUGUCUUCCCACCACUCGUUUCAGCAGCGAUUGGGGUCAAUGCUCUUUUCAGUAGGACCAAAACUGUAAGUUAUUUGGAGCAGGGUGUCCGAUUGCAUUUGUUAUCACCUAACUUGGAGUGAUCACAACUCUUUCAAAGCGUUCAGCCACUGUCUUCAUAAAUCCAAAUGUCUUCAACAGCUUCUGGUAACUGCUAAUGAGUACAACGUGUCUUGAGCUGUCAGUAUGAAAAGGUCUGUUCCCAUUAAAAGUUUAAUUACACUCUCGUGUUAAGCUUUAGGAAGAAUAUCUUCAUAACCCUUAGCAGCCCAGCACUUUCUUAUUCCAUACAGAUCCCCCAGCUAACAUUUAAUGCUGGUCAGCUUUUAUCUGUGACCAGGAACGCAAACAUUUGGUUAUUUUAUAUAAUUUCCAGUAUAUCUGGAGUCCAGCUGUGAGUCAUUUGAUGCAUCUCCUACUCCUUUGUGUGCAUAACACAGCUCCAAGACCGCAGCAAGAAUUUCUGCAUCAGACCGGGGCUGAUGGGUCUGGCAAAACCCACGAUUGGAGGGUGCUUGAGAACCUGGUGAUUUACCAAAUCACCACUUUGUAUCAUCUGCAAAUGUAUUUGGAAGAAAGAGUUAUAACCAAAAUGCCAAAAAAACCCCAACCCUUCUCCCCGUACUCAGAUAGAAUUUUGCUGUAGUUUAAUGUAUCUUUGUAGUGUUUGCAACCUAAACUUCAAAGCUUUAAAGUAUAAAAACAGGGAGAGGCAGGUUGCCCUUGAGGUAUGUAUUUUAAAAAUGUUUAUAUUUAAAACGUAAGGUGCUUCUGCACUUAAUGUAAAACUUAAUCAGCAGUAGGUGACCAACUAUUAACUGUGUUACAACUGUUCAAAAUGAUCCCAACAGAUGACUAUACAACCCCAAACUUCCUUAAAGCACGGUCACUGUGUUUCUUGUGGAUAAAUUGCACCUUGUUAGAAAGCAGACUGCUGGAGUUCUACAAAACAAGUCCAGCAAUCUCCAGCAGAAGCUCUUGAGGGGUUACAGGGUCUCUGGACACGAGGGACAAUUUUCAGUUGUGCCGCAUCGCAUAGAUCUCUCAACCCACGUGCAUCCCCGGUCACAGCAAAAACAAGAUGAGGCUCCCAGCUCUGGCUUUGUGAGGGCGAAUUCAUGGAUGCUCAUGAGGCACUUGGACAUCCUCGGAUGCAGGAGGCUACAGAAACGCAAUUUUACUGAUUGAAAGAGAAGAUGAGAGCAUUCAAACCUUCAUCAAAAUGGGAACACUUGGUACUCAGGUUACCUUUCACCCGUCGGGGAGGUAUUUUAGAGUUGCUGCUCCAAACCACAAAAGAGAUGUGAAAACCACUGAAGACGGGGUUGAAUUACACUCAGGAUCGCAAGGUUUUAUUUUUCUACUCUCUGUGAUGAAUUUGAUCUGACAUUAUAUGCUGAUAACUGAGAUUUCAAACAGCUCUAUCUGGAAACCAGGCUCCACUGUGAGCGUUCCUGCUGCACGCCAGACGCCGCUGUACUUUGCUUCCAGUUCCUCCAGCACGUAGGUUACAUUGCUUUUCUAGAAAUUAAAUGUACAUUUCUACUCAUUAAUGGUAAGAAAAAUCUAUGGGGGGGAAAUAAAUUCCAUAUUCUCAUAUUUCA